AUCAGCUAAUUAGUGAUGGUCAAGGAUAUCGAACGGAAACUAUUGAGGUCAGAUGGAUCUGAAUAUGGUUCAUUUAAUCGCUCAAUCAGUUAUAGUGGUCUUAAAACAGGAAAAUCUUCGAUCGAUGUCGACAAAGUCUCCAAACCCGCCGCUGCUCCUAGUGUGUCCAUUUUGAGCUUAUUUAGAUUUGGUACUUGUUAUGAUUGGGUUCUUAUUGUGAUCGGAACUUUGGCCGCGAGUUUCAAUGGAAUAGCGAGACCUAUGAUGGCCAUUGUGUUCGGCCGAAUGACUGAUGCUUUUCUUACAGUUGAUUCAGGCAAUGAAAGUGCUCCCAGUGCGAAUAUUGUGAAUGACACUCUUUCCAGUUUCUUUUAUCAUCAUAAUGAUAAUCAAAGGAAUUUCGGUUCAAGUUUUCACCAUUCGCAAGAAUCGGUUAGUGCGAGUACUGAUUCCACUUCCUUCCAAUCAGGAUAUGGAAGCAUAAUGUAUGGAUACGCUUUGUAUUAUGUCUACUUUGGGUUCGCAGUUUUUUUUGCUUCUGUUUUACAGUACGCGGCUUGGCAGUAUACCUGUGAGAGACAAAUCCAUAGGAUUAAGAAGCUCUUCUUGAGACAAGUUCUUCGUCAAGACAUCGGCUGGUUCGACGCUCAUAAAUCGGGUGAAUUCACGUCUCAAUUGAAUGAUGACAUUGAGCGAAUUCGUGAUGGCAUCGGAAGUAAAUUAAGUUUAUUUCUCGUUUCAAUUACUGGAUUUCUUGGUGGAUAUAUAAUUGGAUUUGUUGAAAGUUUACAAUUAACUUUAGCUCUCAUUUUCAUCGCUCCUUUUUUACUUUAUUCCACUUACUACAAAUGGACUUAUUAUGCUAAGUCGACAUCCAAGGAACAAGAAGAAUAUGCUUCGAUUUCUGCAAUAGCAGAGGAGAUAUUUUCCAGCAUCAAAACUGUUUGGUCGCUUUGUGGUCAGAAAUACGAGAUUGAAAGGUACAGACAAAUGUUGGAAGAAUCUAGUAAAAUGUUGAGUCGCAAAUACUUUAUCACUGGAAUUACCUUUGGAUUCGAUAACAUUAUUUUGUAUCUUUCAUAUGCUUUUGCUUAUUGGUAUGGAGCUAAUCUUGUCUUGAGCGGAGUGAUAACUCCUGGUUCGAUCUUCAUCAUUUUCUUGUCCGUCAUCAUGGGCUCAAUGUUACUUGGCAAUGCGAUGCCAAAUUUGAAUGAUGUGGCGACGGCCAAAGGAUCGGCUGGAACAAUUUUCAAUAUAAUUGAAAGAGAACCAGCGAUUGAUUCAUAUUCUGGAACUGGAAAAGUAAUAGAGGAGCCGAUAACUGAAAUUAAAUUCGAACAAGUGAAUUUCUUCUAUCCAACAAGACCAAAUGUUCAAGUUUUGUUUAAUUUCAACCUUGAGAUGAAAUCUGGUGAAAGUGUCGCUCUUUGUGGUGGAAGUGGCUCUGGAAAAUCAACAAUUGUGGCCUUGCUUCAAAGAUUCUAUGACCCCACGAGUGGAAGGAUUACUGUUAAUGGAGUUGAUAUUCGUGAAUUAAAUUUAAAUUGGUGGAGAUCCCAAAUUGGUAUCGUUAGUCAAGAAGCUGUUUUGUUCAGUGGAACCAUUCGAGAGAAUAUCGCUCUUGGUACUACAAAUGCCGCUUUCGAUGAGAUUGUCCGAGCCGCUAAAAAGGCAAACGCUCAUGCGUUCAUCAAGGCUCUUCCCGCUGGAUAUGAUACACUGGUGGGGGAAAGAGGAGCUCAAUUGUCUGGUGGUCAGAAGCAAAGGAUCGCCAUUGCUCGAUCGAUAAUUGGAAAUCCAAAGCUACUUUUACUGGACGAAGCUACAUCGGCAUUGGACACGGUCAAUGAGCAAGUUGUUCAAAAGGCAUUGGAUAAGGCACGAAAAGGAAGGAUAACUUUGAUUGUCGCUCAUCGAUUGUCGACCAUUAAAGAUGCAGAUUUAAUUUGUGCAAUGGAAUCUGGUCGAAUGGUGGAAAAGGGUAAACAUGAUCAACUGGUGGAAACUAAAGGAUUAUAUCAUAAACUAAUCACUAAUCAAACGUUUGCUGAUGAACGAGUGGUCAGCGAUCAACAAGCAUCUCAAGAAGCAGAUUUUUCCAUUUCAUCGCCGAAGUCUUUAGCAUCUCGAAUGUCAUUCUCUCAACACUCGAUGUCUACAAUAUUCUCGCAUGGAAAAACACAAGUUGUCGAAGCCGAAGGAGAAGUUUUCGAGCUUCCAUCGAACAGCAAAAUCAUGCGAUGGUGUUGGUACAAAUGGGACAAAUUCCUGUUACUGGGUUACAUUUUUUCUGCUUCUUGUCUUGGAUUAGUUAUGCCCUUUUUCGCUGUGAUUUUCGCCAGUGUUGCUCAGUCUUUCGAUCAAGAUGCUUCAGGAAUUUUAGAAUCCGCAAAGUUUUGGGCUUGGAUGUUUGUCAUUCUCGCAGUGCUUAAUUUCACGAGUCACUUUUUCAGGAUAAUUUGCUCUGAUAAUUUAGCUGAACAUGUCGUUAGACGACUCAGAGUAGCCGCUUAUACAAAUGUGCUUCGUCAAGAUCAAAGUUGGCACGACCAAGAGAUUCAUUCUCCCGCUCGAAUAUCGUCGAAACUCGCUCGUGAUGCACCAAUGAUUCGAGCUGCUGCUGGUCAACGUUCUGGCCUCUUACUAUGUUGUAUCGUCGCUCUGGUGGCUGGUCUUGGAAUAGCCUUUUACUAUGGAUGGAUAUUAGCAUCGGCCUUAUCACUUAUUCUUCCUGUUCUUCUACUUGCAAGUCGAUUGGAGUUUCGUAUUAACCAUGGACGUAAUUUGAAACAAGCCGAUGAAAUGGCUGAUGCUGGACGAAUCGCUACCGAAGUGAUUGCCAAUGUUAGAACUGUGCAAUCACUUAGUAAAGAGAAAUACUUUUGCGACAAAUUUAAUCAAAUUCUUGAAACUAGUGUAAAGAAAAACAAGAAAACUGCGAUCGUGAGUAGUUUCGCUUAUGGUUUCACUCAAAGUUUGUUAUUCUUUGUUUAUGCUGCUGGAUUUUACCUCGGUGCUUAUCUAGUGACCUUGGGACUAACUUCGGCCCCUGACGUUUACAAAGUUUUCUUUGCCAUGACAAUGACUGCUGGAUAUGUCGGUGUGCUCACCACAGUUUAUCCUGAUUACACUCAAGCUAAAUUAUCGGCAGGAUUAGUCUUCCAGUUGAUUGAAACUCGUUCAAAUAUUGACAAUCUUUCAGAAGAGGGACUCAAGCCUGCGAUUCUUGGAAACAUUUCAGUGACUGAUGUUUACUUCAGUUAUCCAACACGUAGAGCAGUACCUGUUUUAUCUGGAUUGAAUGUCAGCGUUAAAGCAGGACAAACUCUCGCACUCGUUGGAGAGAGUGGUUGUGGUAAAAGUACCUUGAUACAAAUUUUGAUGCGUUUUUAUGACCCCGAUUCUGGAUUAAUUAAAUUUGAUGGAACCGAUAUUCGAGAUAUUAAUAUAAUUCAUUUACGAAGUCACAUUGGUUUUGUUGGACAAGAACCUGUACUUUUCAGUGGUACCAUCGCUUACAAUAUAACCUAUGGUCUAGAAUAUCAUGUCUCUCAAAGUGAGAUCGAAGAUGCUGCCAAACAGGCAAAGAUUCAUGAUUUCAUUCGUGAUCUACCCCAAAAGUACGAGACUGUUGUCGGAGAAAGGGGAAUGCUCUUGAGCGGAGGUCAAAAGCAAAGAAUUGCAAUCGCUCGAGCCUUGAUUCGUAAGCCAAACAUUUUACUUUUAGAUGAAGCGACUUCCGCAUUGGACUCGGUGAACGAGAAGCUUGUCCAAGAAGCGUUGGACGAAGCCAAGGAAGGACGAACUUGUAUUGUUGUGGCUCAUCGAUUGUCAACAAUUCGUAACGCUGAUCAAAUCGCUGUGGUUGAAAAUGGUAAAAUCGCCGAGAUAGGAACACAUGAUGAAUUGAUAAAGAAGAAAGGAUUUUAUCUGCGACUAAUUGAAAGACAACAAUUUGUUUCUGAAUAAUCGCAAUUAAUUAAUCAACAUUCCCUCUAAAAUACUAUUACCACUUUUCUCGCUGAUCUCGAAUGAUAGUCCUAAUUAGAGAAAUGACAUAAGAUUAUUAACUUAAAGUUCAAUUGUUUCAAUGAACAAUCAAAUGAUCUACAACAUGCAAAGACGCAAAAGGCCUAAGGCGAUGUGAUAUGAUGAUUCAACUUGAAGUAUUCCCUCAAGUUAAAGUCGAUUAUUGACAAAAAUCUUUGUAACCAACUUUUCUAUUCUAACAAUUGUUCCAUAAUUAUUUUCCAAUAAUUUAAAUUUUGCAUAUCAAUAAUUACCUCCUGAAUUGGGAAAUUCUCUAAAUUUAUACAAUAAUAAUUAAAUUAAAUUUUUAAUCAAAUUAA